GAAAAAAAUAAAUGAAUUUAUUUAAACAAGUGAAGACCAAGUCUUUAAAAUAUUUUCUUGGAUUUUCAAAUUCUAUUUGAGUUUUUUCUCUCUUAGAAUUAAAAAUGUCGAGCAAAGCGAGACCAGCUUGCUAAUAAAUAAAUAACAUUUAAAAAAAUAGGGGCAGCUCACUGGUAAGUGCUGCUAUUUGAGCUAUUUUUAGAACAGGCCAGCGGGCGACUCAUCUGGUCCUUACGGGCUACCUGGUGCCCGUAAGGACCAGAUAGAGAGUGGGAUUUUUAACAAUUACAAAGGGUUUGUGUCAUGUUUGUCCUCCUACAGAAACCAUAUUAAAACAAAAAAUAUAUUUCCUCCCCCAUUUUUUCUCAUUUUCAUACAUUUUUGAAAAACCUCCAGGGAGCCAUUAUGGCGGCGCUAAAUAGUGACAUGCGGCUCUAGAGCUGCGCCUUGAUCGAGGGGUGGUUUGGGUCAGCAACAUGCACAACCCAGGUAUCGAGACAUGGCGCCAUUGGGUUUUACGCGACUCGGUACCAAAAAAGUACCAAAUUCAGAACCCAUCCCAACUUAUGAGUUAUUGUUGUGCACUACUUUCUGUUCAAAACAACACACUUUCAAGGCAUUUUUCACAUCCUAAUAAGGCUGUCUUCAUCAUCAUCAUCAUCAUCUCCUGGAGGAGACACGUGUGUGUGUGUGUGUGUGUGUGUGUGUGUGUGUGUGUGUGUGUGUGUGUGUGUGUGUGUACAGUACGAUGUGUGCGAGCCCAUCUUUAAAAAGCCCCUUUCUGGCUGAAUAGAAGGAAGUUCCUUCAGUUUCCCCAGGAAAUGGGAAGAGGAAACCCUGUGGCUGCGACCCUUGCAUUACUGCCACAAAGCGACUCGCCGGAGAGGGACAGAAUGAGGCUCUCUCUCCCUCUCGGGAAACAGAAACUUGCAAGAAAAUAAGAAGUCCAGAGCAAAUUGCACUCCCAAAGUGGACACGGCGAGAUAUUUGCAGAAGAUGAAGCAUCUUCUCGGAGUUUUGACCGCUUUGUGCUGCUGUUGGCUGUCCUGCUCACACACACUGGAUGCUGCUGGGAGGAACGUGUGCCACAACCCCAGGGACCCCUCCGCCCUGGUCUGCUGCCCCGGCUGGCUUCAGGUUGGAAAAGAGUGCACGAUACCUCUGUGCGAGGGCGAGCAGGCCUGUCUGAAGAACGAGCUUUGUGUGCACCCUGGAGUGUGUCGCUGCCCUCCAGGCUACUAUGGAGCGAGAUGUAAAACACGUUGUCCUCCAGAGUUCUGGGCGUCAGACUGCCGCCAGGUGUGCCCGUGUCACCCACAUGGCCGUUGUGACCCCGUCACCGGCGAAUGCACCUGCAACCCCAACCGCUGGGGCCCCCUGUGCCAGUACCCCUGCAAGUGCACCCGCCACGGAAGCUGCCACCCCGCGUACGGGAACUGCACCUGCAACGAGGGCUGGUGGACGUCGACGUGCGCCAAGCCGUGCCAGUGCGUCCCCGGGGGGUCUGUGGGGCCCGGCUGCGACCAGCUGACAGGACGCUGUCAGUGCCGCAGGGGUCAUUGGGGGCUGAAAUGUCCCGUGGCUUGCAACUGCUACCUGUCGCAGUGCAACCAGCGCACUGGUGUGUGCGAGUGCGACGCCGGCUGGUGGGGGCCCAUUUGUGACCGGCGAUGUGACUGUGACCUCGCACACAGUGACUGUGACCUCGCUACGGGACUGUGCCUGUGCCACCCGGGGUACGAGGGCGACUUCUGCAACCUGCCCUGUGCGCCCGGGAAGUACGGCAGCUGGUGUAAAAUGAGUUGUGGACACUGUAAAGACAACCGGCCCUGCUCCUCCACCGACGGCGCCUGCACGGCCUGCCAGACCGGCUGGAAUGGCACGCAAUGCGACCGCCCGUGCCCGUCCGGUUACUAUGGCGACGGCUGCCAAGAGCCCUGCCCGCGCUGCAGAAACAACGAGACCUGCGAUCCAAAAAGCGGCAAAUGUUGGCGAUGUGAUCCAGGAUGGACAGGAUCCAGGUGUGAGCAGGCCUGCCCUGACAGGACGUACGGAGACGCCUGCCGCUUCCUGUGCAGCCCCUGUUUCCACGGCAACUGCCAUCACGUGACAGGAAAGUGCGUCUGUCAGCCGGGCUUUCAGGGAGAGAGUUGUAACAACAGUUGCUCCGCCCUGCAGUUUGGCCUCAACUGCUCCUCCGCCUGCGACUGUGGCGAAGAGGUGGGCUGCCACCCAGUGACUGGUGUCUGCCCCAAUAGUGGUCGAGGCGCUCUCCUGGCAGGCCUGUUGGUUCCUCUGCUCCUGCUGCUCCUCGCUGUCCUGUGCUGCUGUCUGUGUUGUGGAGGCGGUCCCGCUGAUGAAAAAGACAGAACGGGUGUGUCUGACGGAGGACUGUCAGUACGCAUGAAAUAUCACGUCUACAGCGUCCUGGCCAACAUCGGCGCCGCCCUCCCGUGCAUCUCUGAUUGGUCGUCCGGCCUCCCUCGUGUCACUGUGUCUCACCAUGACCCGGAGCUCACGUUCAACCACAGCUUCAUUGAGCCUCCCUCCUCCGGCUGGGUGACUGAGGGCUCCUCCUUUGACAGUGACGAGGAGGAUGGAGAGGCUCUCUACUGCAUCCCACCUAGAGAAGACAUACUGGACAUGGAGGGCAGCCACUUCCAGGAGAUGAGCUCCAAGUGUAACAUGCUCUUAGACCCGUCAGGCUUCAGCAGCGAGGACAUAACCUCCCCCUUCAACAUCCCCCGCACUUCCAGCAUCGCCAAAGCCAAGCGUCCGUCCGUCUCCUUUGCAGAGGGGACCCGCUUCAGCCCCAAGGAGAGGCGGGGCUCGGCUCAAGACCCCGCCUCUCUGCCGGGGAACCCUCGCAAAGCCAAGUCGGCCUGGGGGGGUUUGAUGCGGUCAGCCGGCGAGGAAGACGCAGGUGAGGGUGAGUUGGGGGAGGACGGAGUUCAAGUUCAGGUGACAGACAGCCAGGAUCUGAGCUGCGAGGUUAUAGAACAGGAGGAUAGAAAGUCCGCUACGCGCACCGCAUCGGGCCGAAGACGCACCAUGUCGAACACCGCGGCGCAUAAACUGGCGGCGUCUGCUCCCGAUCAUCCAUCAGGAGGCUCCGACAAGAUCACCACGGUGUACGUGACAGUGGGUAAGGCGGGCCGGCCCGCGUCCAAGGCGGAGGCGAGCUCCGAAGGGCCCGUUCAAGCCAUGCUGAGGCGGCUCGGAAGCCUCCAGAGACAACGAGAUCAGGACCCCGGCAAGAGCAAAGCUAAAGAAGGGGCGGAAGGGAAGGCCAAACCCCCCAGGAGGAAGCUCGGGGCUCGGAGGAGCGUGUGGGAGCAGGGCGGGCCUUCAGGAGAGGAGCCCGCCAUCAGCAAACCCGUGAGGAGGAAACACUCCUCCCUCAGUGUCCCUGACACGGCCGCCACUGGCGACGAGGCGGAGAGCAUCCCCCUCAAAAGACCCUUGUCGUCCAUUUUGAAGAGCGUGCCCGAGGCGGUCUCAGCCGUCCGAGGUCCGGCAGACGAGACCGGCGUGGGACAAACUUACCUGACUGUGGGACCAGCAGGGGGCGCUGUGGCUGUCAGUGAUGAAGGUGCAGUGGUGAGUGUGAAUGAACCAUGCUAUGAAAACAUCCUGAUUACACACUCCUUACCCACUUAAACAAUACUUUAUUGUAAGCUUGGGACUACAAACUUACUGCAUUUAUAAAAGUUAAGUUCAUUUUAAAACACACAAACUUAUAUCAGGCGUCCUCAAUUACUUUUGUCCAAGGAACAGAAUGUUUCUCAGUAGAUUCUAUAAAGACUAGUUUCCUUAAAAAACAUAUAAUAUCUAUACAAUAGACAAAAAAAACCCAAUAAAUUAAAAUUAAAAAAGUAUAUAGAAUAUGUAUAUUUCCUCUGAUGGUGCUGGAGCCUAUCUCAGCUGCAUAAAGGCAGAAGGCGGGGUACACACUGGACAAGUCACCAGGGCCAACACAGAUAGACAACAUUCAAACUCACAUUCACACAUAUAUAAUAUAACGUAAAUAAAGAUGCAGGAGUUAAAAGUGUAAACAUUAGAAAUGUCAAAAACAACAAUACAAGUAGUUAAGGUCUUUAUUCAUCACACUGAACACAUUUUUUAUGUUGCAAAAUAGUCUGUUGCUUAUUUAAAAACCAAACAACAUCUUUCAUACAUCCUAGCUGUAGGAAUAAAUCAACAGCAUGUCAGUUGGAUGCAUUGAACCAUGUCAUUUCUCCCAGACAAAAAUACAAACAACUUGAAUAAAAGAAAAUGUGUAGUACACUGA